AGGCAAGCCACAGGAUUCAUGAAUAAAAAUCCGAGGGAAUCGGAGCGCAGAGCAAAAAGUUUCGGCUAAAGAUAAUAUGUAGACAAAUGUUUGCACUCCUUUUCACGGAGCUUUGUUUGCACAGAAACUUGAUAAUUGCUUAUUGUAUAUAAAAGUGUAGAGGGUUGGACACAUUGACGGGCACAUAAGGAAACGGCGGAGGCGCUUCACUGAAGUAGUGCAGUGAGAAAGAUUUUAUCUCAUUCUCACAGUCGCAGCCUCACCCGGAUCGCAUCCAGCUCUCCUCUCUACUCUGCAAUAGAAUGGCAAUGUCUAGAAAAGCGACUUUAGCAUUACUCAUCUACGGAAUCAUAAUGCACUACAGCGCCUACUGUUCACCCAUCGGGCUUAGCUACCCUAAUGUUAGACUUGAAAAUGAGGUUUACGACGAGGACGGAAAUUCGUUACCUGACUUGGCUUUUGACAGUGAUCAAAUUGCAAUACGAAGCCCUCCAUCAGUCAUUGACGACGUGUACACGUUAUACUACCCACCGGAGAAGAGAACGGAAAGGCACGCUGACGGAAUAUUUAAUAAGGCCUACAGGAAGGUGCUGGGUCAGUUGUCAGCAAGGAAAUAUCUGCAAUCUGUGAUGGCAAAGCGUGUAGGUGGAGGCAGCAAUAUGGAAGACGAUACAGAGCCUUUGUCCAAAAGACAUUCGGAUGGGAUCUUCACAGACAGCUACAGCCGCUACCGAAAACAAAUGGCUGUCAAGAAAUAUCUGGCAGCGGUCCUGGGGAAAAGCCCUGAAGACUUAAAUUUUCACCAUAUUCUACAAGACAUAAACUUUGAUGCCCUCCCGGAUGGGGAUGAGUUUGAGGCUAUUUUGGGAGACUGGCUGAAACAGUUUUCUCCCCAAUUUCCGGCUUUGUGACGCAGGAUGCAGCUUGCGGCUUUGGUGCCUUGCUUCGACUUUAAAAUCGCCACGAAUCACAGAUGGCUAUUUAGUGGCCCUACAAUGCUGCAAACCAUCAGCUUACAUUCCAAUUUUUGGUUCUUGUUUUUGUGAUGCGCAGAUCUUCGAUUUGAUCAGUAGUGUCAGGAUUAGGUUUAGAGAUCGCUAUUACUAUUUUUUUUUGCAUUUGUUUUUGAGUGCUAGAUUACAGAUUUGUGAUAGCUAGUUGCCAGCAUCAUGGUAUCCUCUCCAUGACGCUCAAUGUGUAUCAUUCUCAAAGCGCCAAAAGCCUUACUAAACGUGAAGAUUAAACUUACAGAUAUAUUAUAUAUAUAUAUAUUUAUUGUGUGAAAAAAUGAAUAUUAGCAAGUAAUAUCGUUAUAAUUACACACGGAACUCCUCAGGGGUAACGUUUAUGAAUGUUUAAAAAAAGGUGUUGUAAGAUUUGUAUGAAUAAAUUUUUGUAAACAAUACAA